AUGGCAGAUAGUGAUUAAGAUAGUAACGAAGAUCUCGAACAAAGAAAAAACAAGGAAAAACUAGCUCACGAAAAUUAUAAAAUACCCACUAGUAACUUUAAAGCAGAUAUAGAAAAGAACUUUGAUGAAAUUCAUAGUGGAGUUGAGAAAUUAAACCAUUAAUUAUUGAAUUUAUUUAAAAAAAAAGAAGAUGAUUUAUGUAAUAUGUAUAAACGAGAAAUGACUAAAGCCUAGAAAUAAUUAAGAGAAUUAUAAGAACUUUCAAGUGAAUCUGAAUUAAAUAAAAGGAAAAUCGAAAAAAAGGAGAAAUUAUAAUAAGAAAGAAAAAAAUUUUUAGAAGAUAGUAUGAAUUUUUCAAAAAAAUGUGAGCAUUUUUAAUCAACAUUAUCGAAAGUUUUAAAUACAACAAAAGAUUUAGAAAGCGAGAUUAAUUUUUUGAAUAAAUAAAUUGUUUUUGCCGAUAAACAUAAUGGAUAACUUCAUUAGGAACUAGAAAAUCUCCUUUCCAAAAGCUCAUAAAUAAAUAUUAAUUAAUAAUAGGAAAUUAAAAAUAAUUACUCUUAAAUUUAAUAAUAUAAAUCUCCAUAUAGAAAAUCUUAAAUUAUGAAAAGUUAAAAUUUUUAAUAAAAUAAUGAACUUGAUUUAUAAAAAGCUUAAUAAGAACUUGAAAAAUAAAAGGAAAUUAAUUAAAAACUUAACAUUUUUUUAAAUGACCCUUGCUUUUAAGAAACUGAAUUCGAAAAAAUAUUCAUGGAAUGUGUAAAUUCAGUAAAAUAGAAAAAAAAUCAAUAAAAUAAUUCUACAGUAUUGCCUUAAGUAAAAGGUAAAUAAGACUCAAUAGUUAUAAAUAAUAAUACAUAAUAAGUUAUUAAUAAUGAAUCAACACUUGAUUUUACAACUAUUUCAGAACUAGAUUUAAAUGAGUUUAGUAAAAGAUAAAUUUUAGAAGAGUUUUUAUCUAGAGAAGAGAUAAAAAAAUAAUCUAUAUAAUAUUAUUUUUAGUGA